CGCUCCGCGUCCGUCCGUCAGUCAUGGGGCGGCCGCCCAGAGCCGCGGCGGGGGCGGCGGGGCGCGGGGCGCGGGGGCCCGGCUGAGCCGCCCGGCGACGCGAGACCCUGCGGCGGGGACGCCGGAGGCGGAAGCGGCCCGAUCCCGGAGGCGGCGGCGGCGGCGGCGGGGGGAGCCGGAGCCGCCUGGGAUGCUCAGUCAUGAAACGGGUGCGCACCGAGCAGAUUCAGAUGGCCGUCUCCUGCUACCUCAAGCGCCGGCAGUACGUGGACACCGACGGGUCCCUGAAGCAAGGCCUGCGCCUGUCCCAGACCCCCGAGGAGAUGGCAGCCAACCUCACCGUCCAAUCAGAGUCCGGCUGUGCCAACAUCGUGUCCGCGACCCCGUGCCAGGCCGAGCCCCAGCAGUAUGAAGUGCAGUUCGGGCGGCUCCGGAACUUCCUCACGGAUUCCGACUCGCAGCACAGCCACGAAGUGAUGCCCCUCCUGUACCCCCUCUUCGUCUACCUCCACCUGCACCUGGUCCAGAACAGCCCCAAGAGCACGGCCGAGAGCUUCUUCAGCCGCUUCCACGGCAUGUUCCUGCAGAACGCCAGCCAGAAGGACGUGGUGGAGCAGCUGCAGGCCACGCAGACGCUCCAGGACAUCCUGUCCAACCUCAAGCUGCGCGCCUUCCUGGACAACAAGUACGUGGUCCGCCUGCAGGAAGACAGCUACCACUACCUGAUCCGCUACCUCCAGAGCGACAACAACGCCGCCCUGUGCCGGGUCCUCACGCUGCACAUCCACCUGGACGUGCAGCCCGUCAAGAGGACCGACUACCAGCUCUACGCCGGCAGCGGCAGCGGCGGCAGCGGCGGGGGCGGCUCCUCGCGGGGCGAGGGCAGCGGCCUGGAGCCCGCCGACAUGCCCGGCCCGAUCCUGCAGAACGAGGCCGCGCUGGACGUCCUGCAGGAGAGCAUCCGGCGCGUCAAGGAGGGCCCACCCUCGCUCACCACCAUCUGCUUCUAUGCCUUCUACCACACGGAGCAGCUGCUCAACGCCGCCGAGAUCUCCCCCGACGGCAAGCUGCUGGCGGCCGGCUUCGACAACUCCUGCAUCAAGCUCUGGAGCCUCCGGUCCAAGAAGCUGAAGGCCGAGCCGCACCAGGUGGACGUGUCCCGCAUCCGCCUGGCCUGCGACGUCCUGGAAGAGGAGGAGGAGGAGGAGGAGGCCACGGGCACCGAGAUGAAGACGCUGCGGGGGCACUGCGGGCCUGUGUACAGCACGCGCUUCCUGGCCGACAGCUCGGGGCUGCUGUCCUGCUCCGAGGACAUGUCCAUCCGGUACUGGGACCUGGGGACCUUCACCAACACCGUGCUGUACCAGGGCCACGCCUACCCAGUCUGGGACCUGGACAUCAGCCCCUACAGCCUGUACUUCGCCAGCGGGUCCCACGACCGCACCGCGCGGCUGUGGUCCUUCGACCGGACGUACCCGCUGCGGAUCUACGCGGGCCACCUGGCCGACGUGGACUGCGUCCGCUUCCACCCCAACUCCAACUACCUGGCCACCGGCUCCACCGACAAGACCGUGCGGCUGUGGAGCGCCCAGCAGGGCAACUCGGUGCGGCUGUUCACGGGCCACCGCGGCCCCGUGCUGUCGCUCGCCUUCUCCCCCAACGGCAAGUACCUGGCGUCGGCGGGCGAGGACCAGCGGCUCAAGCUGUGGGACCUGGCCUCCGGGAGCCUCUACAAGGAGCUGCGGGGCCACACGGACAACAUCACCAGCCUGGCCUUCAGCCCCGACAGCAGCCUGGUGGCCUCGGCGUCCAUGGACAACUCAGUGCGCAUCUGGGACAUCCGCAACAGCUUCUGCAGCGCGGCCGCCGACGGCUCGUCCGGCGAGCUGGUGGGCGUGUACACGGGCCAGAUGAGCAACGUGCUGAGCGUGCAGUUCAUGGCCUGCAACCUCCUCCUGGUGACGGGCAUCACGCAGGAAAAUCAGGAACAUUGAUUGAUUUUUUUUUUUUUUUUUUUUUUUAACCCUCGUGGUGACGGACCGGGCGGCCGUGGGGCGAAGGCUCCAGGCUGCAUCUUCCGAUUGAAUCACUGACUGACUGUGAAAGACUCCCCGCCCCUCCCAUGUCCCUCACCCCUUCCUUGGUCUCUCCCCCCUCCCCCCAGUGUCGAGGACACGGGGGCGGGGCGGGAAGACGGACAGGUGGUGCUGGUGGUGAUGAGUGGACUCAAGAUCAAGAAUGGAGAUGCUCUGGAGGGGAGGGUGCACAUUCUUCCAAAGAUGCCCCCCCACACACAACGGCGAGAGCACCUCCUGUCUGUCUCCUCCUCCCCCCGCUUUGUGGAGUCAUGAUGCUGCUGACCUGAUCUGCCAGGGCCCCGCUUUGGUCCCAGGAAGGUCGCAGGUCACAGCCUCUGGCGGGAAGGCAGGGGUGGGGACGCGGGACGAGGAAGGGGGGGUGAGGGUCAUCCUUGGGAAGGCCGCUCCUCUCCCGUGACAGAAAGCAGGAUUUUUAUUAUUGUUAUUGUAAUUAUAGUAAUUAUUAUUAUUAUUAUUAUGGAGGAGGGGAAGCCUGGCUCUGGCAGAGGCACCUCCCUGCUCUCCACCUUCAGGUCUGGCUCCUGGCACUGGGUCUGAUGCUUGGCAUUUGAGGUUCAGGGAAUUCAAGGGCUCUGGGGGCGCAGUGUCUUGUGGGAAAGGGAGGACUUCUGGGCGACAGGUGGGACACCCGAAGGGUUCCUAGAAGCGGGUGCAUCCAGGGGAGGAAGCUUCGGACUCGUGCAGUGAUGGUGGGAAAGCGAGACCUCGUGGCUCACUUCUGUGAACAAGCGCCCCCCCUCCCUCUCCCCCCCUCCCCCGGAAAUGUCGGGAAGAAAUGGAAAUAAUGUGAGGUGAUCAGUCCAGAGGCAGAGCUGUGGCUUUUUCGGCCUUUCGCUCCUUGAGGUCACAGCUCCCGCCUCCUGCAUCGAAACAGCAGCUUGACAGACACUUUGUGAGACAAACUGUUAAGUCGAAUGCACACGUCUAA